AUGUCUCAAAGUUUCAUUGUGAUGGAUGAUACGAACGGUUUGAAGAGAGUGAUUCAUCAACUUGCGGAACACCUUGGAGCUCCAAUCUAUAUCAGUAAUGUCCUCCAAGAACCACGUGGCAACCAUCAACCAGCGGAACAACGUCCAGAACCAAAUCCUGCUACUUUUAGAGUUGUCGCUCGCCCAGGAACCGGAGCAUAA